GUCAAAAAUGGAUUUCCGUGAUGGUUCGAUUUCAUGUUAGUUUUGUGCGCAUUCAGUUUACGCAUGACGAAUGGCGUCAAGUUGUUAUUGUUGAAAGCGUUUAAUUAUUUGUAAUAAGAUUAUGAGUGCUUAUACAAUCUUUUUACAUAAAAUUGUACAGUAUAGUGACCACCUAAUUUAGUUAUAAAAGUGUUAAUCAAGACUUUUUAAUUGGAUUCUUCAUUUGAGUGUCAAAAGUAUGUCACAUAAAAUGGGGUAUAUAAUGUUUCUUGCCCGUAAGCAAAUCAAUUUCCGUCUUAAAUAUUCCCACCUGUGUAUGAGAGGACGUAUGCACAUUCUGCAUAGUGAAUUUAUAUAACUAUAUUUCUUUGAUUUUAAAAAUUUCAAUGUGUAAAUUCAUUCGUGAACUGUGAAAAUACGAUUGGAACACAUGGAAUAACACUCCCCCGUCAAAGAAACAAGAUGGCUGCGAUCAUAUCCAUUUUCUUAUUUUCCUAUAUUACUGCUCGAUAAUUGAUCAAAGCUACUGAUUUAAUGUGUAUUGAUAUAGUAAACGUGCAAUUCAUGAAGAUUAACUUACAAUUAUCUCUUAUAAAUUAUCUUUGUGUAUGCAAAUUGAGUGUAAUGUCCGUUCUUGACAAUCUUAUAAACAGUAAGCCUAAAAAUCAACUAUUUCAUUGUGAUGUAUUAAAAGUUAUUUGUAACAGCCUACAACUUAAACUUAUGUAACUGAGGUAUAUUUAAGAAAAUUGAAUCUUUGAAACUAUAAAAGGCGCCUAAAAUGUGCUUUGGAUGGCUCUCAUUCAGUAUGUGAAUAUAAAUAAGAACAAUUGUGGCUCAUCAUGCCAGUUUUAAAUGGCAGCAAACAGUGACGGCAAAAUUGAACUAUCUACUAUUUUAACCUGUGAAGGGGACCUGUCCGAUCCCAGGUUCCCUACACAGUUGAAUUUAUUGGUGGACAGUUUAAAUAACAUUUUGGGUGAAUCAGUGAAAGUUCACAAACUGGAGCCCUGGAACUCUGUGCGUGUAACGCUGUCCAUUCCUAGGGAAGCAGCGUUACGCCUUAGACAACUAGCUAAUGAGGGUUCUCAACAUCUCAGGGCUCUUGGAAUACUUAGUGUUCAAGUUGAAGGGGAUCAAGUGGUAUCAUUGCGGCUAGCUACAGGUGGACGUUCAGAGCCUCAAGAAAUAUUUUUGAGGACAUCUCAAGAUGGAAGUAGCAGCUCAAGUCAUCAUGAAUCUGAACUAAGUAAUUUUCUACAAACCAAUGCUACAUCAUCUCCUGCUAAUAGCAACAAUGUACAAGUGCAAUUUAAAUCACCAAAUGUUGUGUGUCCCCCAGAUUCAGUGGUACCAAAAGUAGGUGCUAAUACAGCACCCCCCAACAAUGUGUCUAGUAGUAAUAAGGCAUUUGUUGGCCCAUUUCCUUUUGCUAGCAUGAACCAGGCAAUCCAUAGUAAUCGAGAGACUCCAUUUAACUCAUUACCACCUCCAUAUCCUGCAAAACAUCCUCCCGUAACAAUAUCAAGCCCUCUUCUUGUUAAUCUUUUACAAAAUGAUGGAGCAAAGGAAUCCUCCAACUCUGGCGCAUGCAUUCAAAAAUCAAUGCCUGUCAGGACUAUGGUUUCAUCAUCUGAUGUAUCAACUACUACAACAAAUUCGGGGACAUCAAACUUCCCAAUUAAAUCUAGCAACAGCACCAUUUCUUCUUCACCCUCUAAUUCUUUGUUGACAAAUACUACUCAGGCUAAUGUGCUAGUUAAUAGUUCAAUAUCACCAAGCGCCUUAUCAACAAAUACUUCCAUUAGGCAAAAUAGCACCAUAAUGACGAGUACAACAGAUAUGGUAAAUAAGACGCCCCCGCCUCCUCAAUACCACAGGACAUUGUCAUCUACAAUGAUCAAGCAGAGUCCUGUUACUGGGCAUCACCACAUAAAUACCAUAUCUUCAUCUUUACCAAAUAGUUCGCUAACCCAAAACACUUCUGUAUCUCAUGGAACACAAUCAGCAACUGUGCCUCUACAACAUAAUAUGUAUCAACAGCUCACAGUUCCAUCACAACAACUUAAAAAUUCAGUUUCUAGUAAUAUUGUUAAUUCCUUAUCUCAACCAAAUAUCGUAUCAACAGUUAAACAUCAAUUAACUCACAAAAUGGUUACCUCUUCAAAUUUUGUAAAAUCGCCUUCUUCAGUCACAAAUAUGCCAAUGACAAAAACUACUCCUCAAAGAAGUACUCUUUCAAAUAUGAUACAUCAGCCUGUUAACAAUACUCAUUUGAAAUUAAGUACACCACCUAUUUACUUAUCUCAACAAAUAAAAAAGAAUUUUCCUCAAAAUGUAAUCAGUUCAUUAUCACAACCUGCCUCUGUAGCUUCUCCCGUAGCAAAUGCAUUAGAUUUGCCAAGUUCCAGUCAUAGUUUCAAUAAUAUCAGUUUAAGAAAUAUGCCUUCACCUCCACCAUACUCUGUAGCUAUAUCUAGACCAUGGGAUUCUCUUGUAAAUAACAGUAACUCAUUACUUGAUUUAACUCCAACGUUAACAGAUCUAAAACCAGAUGAUUUGGACGAACUGUUACCGAGUCUCGAACGAGAACUCACACAUAGCCCUCUACCUGAUUUACCAGAGGAUUUUCUUGCCGUUCAUUCAAAUAUUAUAUCUACAACUGAUGACUUACAGUUAAAUGAUAACCGGAAAUUUCUCAUCAAUCCUCUGACGGGAGAAUUGGAACCACAGUCAAGUGGAGAAAGUGAUACUGAAGAGUUGAAAGACGUUUUCACAGGAUUGCCUUCACCGGCUAACUUGUCUGACGAAGAUACUUGUUCGACCACUAGACCCGAUACGACUACCGAUCAGAGUGAUAGCGAAACGCGUUCCAGUGAUACUACAUCAAAAUCUGUAAGGUUGAAAAAUUCAAAACCGAGGGAUAGGGGUAGAGAUUCACCUGCUUUAAAACCUGAGAAAAUAAAGUUAAGAUUAAAGCUGGAGAAAUCAGAGCCUAUAAAUCAGGCAUAUAAGGUGGAUGUUAGUUUUGUUAACCAACAACCUAAAAAAGCAUCGUCAUCGUUGAUAACAGCAGCUGAAGAGCUUCGAGUACCUCCACUUCAUAUAUCACUGAAAGGGAGGAAUUCCGCUGUAAUAAAAAAUAAAAAUAAAGUAAAUCCUGAUGGUACUCCUCUGAAGUUAAAAGUUAGAAAAAAUCAGGAUCACAUCAAAUUGAAAACCACUGAAGGAAAUAGUGUUAUGAAUUCCUCAGAGGAUAUUGGAAAUAUCAAUUCAUUGAUGAUGGAUGUACCUUCUUCAAUUAUUAGUGCUGAAAUUAAAGCAAGGCUUGCUACAAUAGAACAGAAAAAAAUGAAAAAACUGAAAGCUAAUAACGAACAUAAGGAUUUAAUUGCUAGUCUGUCCCAGGAUAGUGAUCUGAAGUCAAAAUUUGUGAUACAUAACCAUUACAAAGAAAAACAGAAAGAACGGCGAGGUAGUGACUCAGAAUUAGUAAAAUCCAAGAAAUUUCUUGACGGCAACGCCAUACCCGAUGACAAGAAGCGAAGGUUAAGCCAGUCUGAGCAACCAGAAGAUGACCAACCAGUUUUAGGUUCCACAAACGUUGGAACUAUCACAGGAUUGCCACAAAAACUGAGAAAAGACAAAGUAAAAUUCAAAGAUGUAUUUAAGCGAGAUACAAUUAAAAAUAACAAGAUUUUCAACAAGAGUUUUGGUGAAAAGUUGCAGACAAAGUCAGUAACUUUACCUACUGCUGGAGAAAUGAAUAUGGAGGCAAAAUUCAAACAAGGAUUACUUGAGGGAACUGGAGAAAGGGGUAUCCCUAGGCCACCUCAUCGAACUGAAAUUGUCAACCAUCUUAGUACAGAUCCUAUUAGAAUAGAUACACCAGAAGUAGCCAAAGUUAUACCUGAUACUGCUCCUUUGAAAGAAAAAUCGCCCGAACCAGAUAAAUGCAAUACACCUAAUAGAAAAUCUGUUGAUUUACCUGAUAAACCGGUCGUGACGAGCGUUGUAGGAGGCAAUAGGUCACCAACCUCAGGAGGUAAUCAAGGUGAAGAUAGUGGGAUUGAAAGUAUGGAUGCCCUCAGUGAAAAAUCCCCCAAUCAAGCGAGUCAAAGUCCACAUGCCGACAUUUUACCUCCAAAGACACAAGUGCCUAACAUGCUGGACAUUGAGGCGCAACUCGCCAAGAUGGAGGGAUUGAAUGGAGACAGUGAUAGAUUAGAAGAUGGUGGAACUGAUACGAGACAUGUUGAUGAUGUUAAUGAAAACAAAUGCCAUCAAGAUCUAGCAGCGAAAAAAUGUUGCGAACUUACUUGUGCUCUGCAAGAUAGUCUCAAACAGGGAACUGUAAUGACACUUGCUGCUGAUUUAGACUCACCAUCACCUCCAAACAACAAACAGCAAGUUGAUGGAAAUCUUAUACCUCUUAAGGUAAAAAAAGAUGAAGAUGACUUGGAGCCACUCCCUGUACGAGUAACACCUGCUUUGUACACUUAUUCAAAUCCCGAGAAAUCUCGUGCUGGAUCAGAAAGUCCUACAAUUUCUGAUGAAGAUAGUAACUCUUGCUCUACUACCAGUACUGUACCUGGUAAUGGUAAACAAAGUAAGAGCCUCUUGGAACAGCUACUUAUAGAAAUCCCCAAUGAUCAUCAAACACCUAGUUCUCCGAGUCCUGCCACACGAUCUUCGGUGCGAACGAGGGCGCUCUCUAAACUCAAUAGUCCUGAAUUAAAUUCACCUGUGUCUAAAAAUACUACAUCGCGUAUAGUACCAAAUACCAAAAGGAAAAGGAACGAAUCUGAUAGUUCAAAUCAGAGUUUGGAAGAUAUAAAAAAGAAGUCACGGAAAACAGUUAGUGGAAUGAAUAAUACUAAUGCUGGCCAAAUGACUGACUCGGUGACGAAACCUUUGCGUCAAAACGAGACUGCAAAAGUAAAUAAUGUAAAGAAGAUAAAAGUACAAGAGGAGAGUUCAGAUAGUGAUGAGCCAUUAACAGAAAAAAUGCGAAAAUCAUCGUUAACUGUAAAUACUCAAAUGGCUAAUAUGAACUUAAUAGCGAAAAAUUCAAAAAUCACCAAAUUGGGGCCGGGGACUGUUGCUAAUAAUAAUACGACGACGAUGGUGACAUCGACAAAAGCCAGUGCGAUGGUAGUUACUACCAGAAGGUCGGUAAGAAGCAAUAUGCCUGCGCAAAAUACUAGAAGCAAAGGCGAUAACAUUAAAGUAUCAUCUGAAACGGAUGCUUUAAGGAGAAAAACGAGGAGUGCUGUUUCUGAUGUUGAAAAUAAGCGUAAAAAAGAGGUGAAGUGACAGUAUGGGAGCGACUGCUGGGAAAGCAGUCACCUAAAUCUCCAACAACAGUUACAGCAGCAUCAGCAACAAGAAGCAAAUGUAUACCAGUACCCCAUUUACCGCCCUUAUUUGUGCGAUCUGGCAUCAUCGUCGUCGUCAUCAUCCGUGACGUCAUCUUCGUCAGAGACCCAAGAUGAGGACGACAGUUACAGUAGCGAGGAGGAGUCUGACGAGUAAAAUUUUUCUCCUUACCUCUAAAGCUGUACAGAUUGUGAUAUGCAACUUUAGUUAGGUCUGUAAGGACAAUGUAGUGUUUUAAAAUUAUGGACAGACAUUCAUUUGCAGGGAUUUUGAAAAACUUUACAUAAUGUAUAUAUAUAUAAAUUAUUAAUAAUUUUAUGUAGAAUAGCUAAUCAUCUAUUUAUUGAAGGAAGUUCUUUUUUAUUUCAAAUUUGAUUAUUUAAAUAAAACUCAAUAUUUUGUUUGGAAAUGGAGUAAGUUAUUAUAAAUAUAGAAACUUUUAGAUGAAUAACAAAUUCAACUAUAUUUAUUUUUCUCUACAAAAAUACUUGAAGCCGAUUUUUUCAUACCUUAAGGUGUUUGCUUUGUGGUUUGGUCUUUUUUCCAUUCUUUUUUUUAAGUCUACAACCUAUUCUAAUUUGAUUGUUCAUCAUAGUCUCUUUCUAAUCUUUCGAUGUUUUGUUUGAUAUUUUGUAUAAUUCAUUUUGUUUUACUAUAAAAAUCCUCGUAUCAAUCUUUAUCCAAUAAAUUUUCAUAUAAAGUGCUAUCUAUUUUAGUGUUAUGUAUUUGGCUCUACUGAAGGUAUAGACAUGUUUUUACAAAUUCGUUUGAGUCGAUUCCAAAUUUGAUUGAUGAGAGUGUCUGUCUACAAUACAAGAAUCCAGGGUUCAACAUACAUUAUGCUCCUUAUGGACCUUACUAUAACAACUAAAUAGAAUUGUAAAUAGAUAGCAAAUUUAUUGUAUAUAUAUUAUAUACAAAAUGCAUAGUUCUUACACAAACAGAGGUGUACAUUGUAAAUGUGUUAUUUUCCAUACAAGCUACGGCAUAAAAAUAAUAUAUAUUAUUAUAUUAUACAAACUAUUUUACUUUUGUUUACUGUGAUUUUACGUAGAGUGACAUGAAAUGUAUGUGCGCGUGCGCUAACGGUAUGUUCUAACUAAUCUAAUGUAUUGGAUAUUUUAGAUGAAUAGGAACGAUUUUUGAUCUAUCUUUUUUAAUCAAAUGUUGAAUUUAUUCAUUGGUCUUUUUUAAUUCUAACACUUACAGCUUAUAUAUUUUCCUCUUCACUAUAGUUGUAAUUGUUUGUAGUUAUAAGCUGUUUUUGAAAUUUUUGCAAUUUUUAUUUUGUAAAAUACAAAAUUUAUAAGAAAUAUUAUAAUAUUAAAAUCAGUACCAACAACUUAAGCAGCACAAACACAACCCGAUUUCUUGAGAACCUCUUCAGACAUCACUUAUAUCAGAUGUAAAUGUUGGAUAUUCCAGAACAAAGAUCAAAGCACAUAAUUGCCUUAAAUAGUAAACUUUGUUGUCAAAAGAAAAAUUGAUAAUGUUUUAUGCUGCUGCUUUUUUACCUUAUGCAAUUCGUACAUACUUUUUCUUUUCUUCAUUAGAUGGCAGAUGACUCUUCAUCCCUUCAUAGAUAUACGUUUUGCGAAUGUUUGAGUCGUAAGAAAAGUAUCUUGUGUUUGGGUUCUGAUUGUAUGAGUAAUGGCUUUUGUAUCGCGCAAAAGCCUCAAUGAUCUAUCACGUUUUGUUUUCGACUUUUGAUAUUUAUUCUUUGGGAAUAACUCACACCUUUUAUCUUGUUAUCCAAAGUCAUGAUUGUCAAUUUUAAUGCAGAUUUCCUUAAAAUGACCAUCUGUUACAUCAAUUGCUUUUUAAAAAAUAAUUUACAUAUUCGAUGGUCAAGUAGCCUAAUCUUUGUGCUGUAUAUUAGUCAGCUAUAUUCUUUGAAGUUUUGUUUGAAAAAACUAUAAUUCACAAACUAAAUGCUUUCUUUCUUAUUCUAUGAAUUUAGAAAAUUCGUAUGGACAGCUAUAAUUAAAUUCUUGAACAUUGUUUUUUCCUUCCAACUUUUCUCCUACUGGUAUACUCUUCACCUUUCUUCCUUUACAUAGUUUUUCCAAUGUUUUCAUUUUAAUAUUUUAAUUUAAUAUACCACACAUUUUUAGUUUUAAAACAUCUUCAAUGAAAUUCUGACCAUGAAUAUUUUUCAUGCACUGAAUUCUUGGAGUCAAUUUCACUACGAUUUCCUGCAUCCACUGAAUUUUUAGAGUAACUUUCGUUCGGUAUACUUUAUUCCACAGUCUGCCUCUUGACUCUAAAAUAACGCAAUAUUCCAUUUUUCUAGUAAAACAACAACAUAACCUUAACAAUAAAAAAUAUUCUUGUGGAAAAUUAUGCACUCAUUUCAAUAAAUUGGCUGAUCUAGAGGACAUGAGUCAUUCAUAUACAAAAAGUUAAAUACUUGAAAUAAAACUUGAAGCACUUAUGUUUUCGAAUACGAUUUGUAAAUGAUCUUAACAUAAUACCUAUUGGUUCUGCUUAGGCGUUAUCACUACCAAAUAAAAUAUGCAUUUUCUUUAUACAGAAACGGAACUACUGAACACUGUGAAUAGAAAUUUGUACUUAGGACAUUUCGCCGAAAAUGUUACUUAAUCAUAUUUGCUUCUAAACCCUUUAUAUAUAAAUCAUCAUAUUGGAAAAUAUUUUGUGGAACAAAAAAAUAUCAAUUUAAAAACAUAAACAAUUUUAUUCCAAUAUAUCAAAAUGAAUUUCAACUCAACGUGGCAACAAAUUAUAACAAACUUUAUUGUUCAAUUGGAUGUUUAAGUAUACUUCAAUUAAAAACAAAAUGAGAAUUUUUAAGUGAUAAUCAAUUGAAUUGAAAAUAUUAGUUAGAAAAAAUGUAACCAAUAAAUCAACUUGAAAAACAUUAUCAACAACGAUAUUUACAUUUUUCAGUAUUUCACCUAUAAUUUCAUCACAAAAUUACAUUAUUUUUUUCUCAAAUCUUCAAGAUUUGUACCUAUUGUGUUUAAAAGCAAAAAAAAAACAUUUGGAUAUAAAUAUGAUUCAGAUAUCCACUUGAUUGCACAAAUCAUCUAGAUUCAUUUAAAAAUAAUAAAUAGGUUUUCAAAAAGUGUUCGGUUUCAAUACGUUCUUUUGAAAUUUACACUGGUAGAUUGUAAUUAAGUAUUAAAGUUUGUACAUUGAUAUUCCAAAGUUCUAGAAAAUUUAUUCGUCCAUUUAUAUGUUCCAUUUAUUUCUUUAUUAUGAUUGUUUUCAAAUGUUGACAUUCACUAGCUGCUGUUUAAAUCUACUGUUAUUAUUUUCUAUAGCCUUUACAUUUUUUGUUUACAUGUUUAUUUAUAUCAAUAUUUUUAGAAAACAAAGUCAAUGUUCGAAAUUUAAUUUUAAAAUACAGAUGAAUAUAUUGAUACUGGAAAAAUAUUUGCUAAGUUUUCCAAUAUGUGUUUAUUUGGAACAUACUGUAUAGGUGUACAGUUGUUGAUUGACAUUGUUUAUUGUUUAGCUUAGUUGUACUUUUAUGUAAUUUGUUUUAUUUAUAUACCACGGAGCCUUGUAAAAUUUAGACCAGUUUGUGACAAUAAACGAAAUCUUAAGAAUCAAUUUGUUCAGGUAAUACUUCCGAAUAUUUUAGAAAAAUAAUGAUAUCUCGAACAAUAAAUGUUAUAAAUAGCAAAUUAUGUAAAAUUACAAGCCAUAAACCCUAGUUGACGUUUAAAUUUAAAAAUUAGAAACACAAAAUUUCAAAUAUCAGAUUAAUAAUUAAAGAUACAAGGGUAGAGUAUAAGGGUUCGACCAAAAAAGACAAUAAAUUGUGGCAUUGAAAAUCUUUAUAAGUUUAUUAACCAAUUAGUUUCUAGUAUAAAUUUUUAUUUUAUUAAUCAUAUUGGAAUGACUAAAUGGAAACACUGAAUCUUUCAUUAUUUUUUUUAGUUUGUACAUGAAAUGGAUGUAGGUGUUGAACAUUUGAAUUCAUUAUUUCAUAAUAAUGUAAUAUAAAUAUGGAUUAUUCUCAAUAUAAAUUCCAACCAACUGAAUAUAUAAAUAUUUACUUAAUGCUGUAUAAAAAUAAUCACUUAUCUAUUGGCAAUCAUAAAAGUCCUACUCUGUGUUUCUUACGACAUUAAAGCUAAUCAAAAAUAGACUUGAACAAUACCACAAACUGGCCUAAAUGAGUAUUUUUUGUUUCUUUACGUAAAAUACAAUUGACUUGUAAUGUUCUUAAUUGUAGAUUUGUGGAAAGGUUGAUGAUUAUAAACUAUACAUUGUUAAAUAGAAAUACCUUAAUAUUUAUUUCAAGAUUUUUUUAUUCGAUUUUAUUUCUUUAUUGAUAUGGCGUUGCUUUGUUUUUGUGUUAUGAUCCAGUGAAGCGUAAAUGUUUUUUCAAUAAAUAGCCUGUGUUAUUAUA